AUGGAAGGAAGAUCAUAUUCCCUCCAAGACCUGGAAGGCCAACCUAGCCAACCAAGAUCAAGCAAAUAUCAAGAAGCUAGUGGCCAUUAUAACGGACACAACGAAGCAGGAUACAGUACAGGAUCAAGCGAGACCGACGAUGAGGAUGAAGAAGACGAGGGGUAUGGCCCUUCGAAUGAAGGCCACUUGGAAGAAAAUCAACAAAAAGCCAAAGACUUCAGAGAUCGGGCGACACUUAUAAAAGCCCGGCUUGACGAACAAAUGGAAACCUUUGGGAUAAGGGACCCAGAUGAUGACUGGGACACCGCAGAAGAUCGAUUUUUUGAGGAAUUCCGCCAUGAAAUGGCGCCUCCGAAAAGGGAAGUUCUUGAACAUCUCUCCAUUUGGCAGUGGAAUAUACUCUACUACAUAGCCGACGAGAAGAAGUUGGAAAGACGGUGCGAUUGGCUCGUCCAGCGUCUAGCCAACGAAUUUCCUUCACUUCUCAGUGAAUGCAUGCCCAAUGGCGGGUUAACUGUUCUAUUGAAAACUGUGAAAGAUCAUAACUUUGGAUUCAUCAAAGCGGUUCUAGACAGUGGGAUAAGCACAACCGACCUAGCCGAGAUCAUUAAGAUCACAGAUAUCGACGGAAAGAAUUGUAUUCAUUAUGCGGUGUCAGAUGGGUUUGACCCCGAAAUUACAAUAAGGUUGCUUCAGCAUACCACGGACACAACGCUCGGUGAACAAGAUAAUAAAGGCCUCACUCCCUUGCAUUCUGCUGUGGAAUACGAGACAUGUUUUCCAGAAAGAGAAGAGAUGGUGAAGGCCUUGAUCAAGCGCAGUGAUGCAGCCUUCGACCGACGAUCAGCAAAACCUGAGGAGCUUUCAGUUUAUCAGCAUCAUAUGAGGUCUCGAGAGAAAUACGAAAUCAAGCAAAAGAUAAAAAAACGGGAAAGGGACGAAAAGAAGCUGAAGAUGGCAAACAAGGACUUGAAAGAGAAGUCUGGGGAUGUACCUGCAGUCAAGCAUGAAACUGGAGCCAUUUCUCGGAAGGAAGAGGCAAAGAACAUUAAGAGAUCUGGGGAACAGCGAACUCACACCAGUUUAAAGAAGCGAGAAGGGGCGGAUUUGCAAGACCCUGUUGUCUCAGAGUCUAGUAAGAUGGAGAGCUCGCCCUUGGCUGGCUCUGAGAAAGAUGCAAAAGAUCAGAAUCAAUUCGGCCGCCCUCUCAAAAGAGCCCCGACUGCCUCACAGAAGCCUCGGAGUUCAAAAAAGGUUUCUUCUCGAAAACCAAAGCCCUCACAGACAGUUGCCGAUAACAUCCUUAAGGAGCUGAAAUUGCAUUAUCUCCGAACUGCCCUGUGUCAGGAAAGCCCCUGGCAAUAUGAAAAACGGGGAUAUCGUCGCAAUCCCAACACUGCUGUUCAAUUUUUAUACGGGGACAAUGAACAAGAGACUCAGAUAGGCUUUGAAUUCCCGCCAAAGAUACCAAAAACACCCUACGAGAUCAAUUUUAGGGACUUUACAAAAAGUUACGAGAGUUUGAAAUUCGACUCAGUCCUCCAACAUGUAGAGUUUCGUCAGAUGAAGGUCAAAAGCCCGCCUGGAAAAAGGCCAGAUUGGACCGACUCCGAAGGUAGGGCAAGCACUGGACGAAAAGAUGUCUAUUACUUCUUCCGUUGGUUGUCAAAAAAGAAGCUAGUAGAAAACAUCAUCCAUGUCAUUGUGGAGGAUGGGAAUGGCAUCCCACAUAGCGAUGAGGCUAUGGAGGAAUCCCUUAAAGAUUUCAAUAUCGAGAUACUGGACUGGCGCAAACCAGAUUUGGAUCCGAUGACUUUGCGAAGCGCUUGUAUGAACUCCGAUCUUCGAGAGAUUCACUUAUGGUGGGAUGGAAACAAUGCAGUUUUACGAGCUUGGAGUGAGCCGGAUGGCCUUGUCAAGAUAAAUACUCUACAGGUCAUUCAUCUGCAUGAAACAAAGAAAAAUAUCGAAUCAUCGUAUCGUACAAAGGCAAUGGUAGAAAGUUUCAAGUCUCGCAUCAGAGAACACCGGGCCAAGGUAUCGCAGCCUAUUGAAUGCUACCAUUACGAAGCAUAUGAGCAGGGUAUCUCUAGGGCUCCAGGACAGAUGGCAACUGAAAAGACCGAGCAACGACCAAAGAUAGACACAUACCAGUGGCUCAGUGUUAUGGACAAGUUCGCCGAUGGCAUUGCUAGUUUGGAACGCCUUGACGGUUUUCCAGGGGGGGACGGGUACUUGAAACAUUCAAGUUUGCCAAUGGAGCUACAGAAGGACGUAAAAGUAGCUCUCAUCGACGACGGUGUCAAUUUUAUGCACACAUGUCUUGCCGAGAAUAUGGAUGGCGGGAAGAGCUUUGACAGAGAGUAUGAUGAUGGAUACAGGCCUGGUCCACGAGAGCCAUUUCACGGAUCUGCCACCGGGCAUGGCACGUGCAUGGCGUAUAUGAUACGCAGGGUUUGCCCCAAGGCUAAGAUCUUUGGGUGCAGGCUGAACGUACUUCGAGGAAAUGUCGAAGGCAAAGCGAGUUUUACAGCCAAAAGCGCCGCUGAUGCCGUAGAAUAUGCUGUCAGUCGCGACUUUGACAUCAUUUCGAUCUCAUGGACAGUGCAGCUGCAGAAGGACAAAGCGCAUGACAACUCAGAUGAUAUCAAGCGCCUCGAAGACGCCAUUGAGCGUGCCACGAAAGCCAACAUUCUUGUCUUUUGCUCUGCUCCAGAUAUUGGAAGAGCUAGCAAAGAGACAUUGGAAACGUACUACCCUUUUGGAUGUAAAAGGAGCUCGACCAAUUUGUUCAAGAUUGGUGCGGCAAAAGCCGAUGGGGUUUCCUUCGCCUGGAUGGGACACGAGGAUACUGUGAACUAUAUCCUUCCUGGCCACAAGGUGGCUCCUCGAGGAACCGACAAUCUCCCUGAGGAGGAUGAUACACCCAAGACAGGGUCAUCUGUGGCGACUGCGCUUGCUUCAGGGCUUGCUGCUCUGAUCAUCCACUGCGUCAGACUUGCGGCUAUUUACAACAUAUACACCAACAAAAGAGAUGAUUUGUCGGUAAAUGAGACCACAGUCAAAGCAAUCAAACGCUUUCCAGCAAUGAAGGAAGCGUUGGCGAUUCUCUGUUCCAAUAAUGACGUAAAGCAGACCGGGGAUAGAAAUCUCAGGGUGGAAAACUUCUUCAAAAGGCCGGGCGAUACUAUGAACAACCAGGAGGCUUCUGAGGAAGAGAAAUGGAAGCAGGUGGUCAACAUUGCUCGUGAUCUUGUCUCAUACAAGACAGUCGCGCAAACUACUAUGUAA